UCACUGACCCAGACAUAACACAAGCACAGUUCAACGAGAGCAAGAAGACAAUGAAGACUAUUGCAGCUUUUGUUCUUCUCGCCUGCCUGAUCGCUGUAGGGGUGAAAGGACAGGACAGGUCUUCAAAGGGCAGGUGCUUCUGUGCAGACAAAGCUGCAAACAUGGUUUUAGUGAAGAACAUUGAGAAGGUUGAAAUCAUCCCUCCAAGUCCAUCUUGUCGCAAACAUGAGAUUAUUGUCACUCUGAAGAAUGGUGCAGGACGGAAAUGCAUGAAUCCAGAGUCAAAAUUCACUCAAAAUGUCAUCAUAAAGGCUCUUGAAAAGAGGAGCCAGCAGACAGCACCACACAGUACAACUGCCUCUGUGCCACUGAAGAACACCAUGACAUCAUCAUCUGCACCAACAUCCUUCAAAUGACUUCAUAUGUAUUAAUAUACUGCCUCAUAAGUUGGAGUUCAAUUUAGAAAAAAAACUUUAAAACUAAAAAUAUUUCCUG